AUGCGUCCAUCUUCUUCUAUACGCCCGGUACUUGGCUUGCUGCUCUUUGCAGUAACUAUCUCGGCAUGGCGUCUAUUCCCGAUCCCCCCCUCGUCGGAUAGCUUCUACAAGGUUCCCAGCUUGAUCAGCCUCUACCCACCCGGCAGCAUUAUCAACUACCGCGAUGUGCCAAGUGCCAUUGGGACUUUUGGGGUCAAGACAAAUCUUGCUUCUGCGCACCAAAUCCUUUACCGCACCAACGACGGCGACGGCAAGGCCACGGCUACGGUCUUGACGGUCCUCAUCCCUCCCAACGCAGACUUUGGCGCUGUUUUGUCGGUCGUGAUGGCCGAAGAUGCCGUGAGCAUUGACUGCGCACCGUCAUACGGCAUGCUUUUAGAGUCGGAAAUCUUCAGUCGUACGAACUCCGCCACCGCCCAGUUGCAGCUGCUGCUCAUCGAGGCCGCCAUGGCUCAGGGCUGGGUCGUCAUUGUCCCGGACUUUGAGGGCCCCCAAGCUUCCUUUUUGGACAGCAAGCUCGCCGGCCAGGCGACGCUCGACGGAAUCCGCGCCGCGCUCAAGUCCGGAUGGUUCACCGGUAUCCGGCGGGAUGCUGCGUUGACUCUCUGGGGCUACUCGGGCGGCGCGAGCGCCGCUCUUGUGGCCGCCAGCAUGCGGCCGACAUACGCGAGCGAACUUGAUAUUUCUGGUGUCGCGCUUGGCGGCUUGUCCUCCCCGAAUCUAUCCUUAUCCAUUUUCACCGAGAUCAAUAAGGGCCCUCAUGCAGGAUUAAUUCCUAUGUCACUCACCGCCGUCGGCAAGGCAGACGCCACGUUCCAGGCCUCGCUGGACAAGCAUCUGCUUGCGAGCGCCAAAAACAAGUUUUACCUGCCCAGGACACAGUGUUUGGAUGCCAACCUCGCUUCGUUCAACAACGUGGACGUUCUGGGUAUGUUUGACUGCUGGGAUUGUGUGAAAACCGAUCUUGUCACUGCCCUAAGCAAGCAUAAAGAAGCCACAUACGUGCCACGUAGCGGCAGCACUUUCAUCUACCACUGUUUGCAUGAUGAGCUGACUCCUAUCGCGGAGAUUGACAAGGAAGUGCAGGAGUUCUGUCAGGAGGGUGCCAUUGUGCACUACCAGCGCGACCUUGGCCCCAACGUGAAUCAUCGCAACUACGGUGUCCUAGGCGCACCGCAUGCUAUCGAGUGGCUGCGAGGGAUCCUUAAUAGCUCUGAGAGGGAGACAGUCUGCUCUAAGGAGGCAGUUACCUCGGUAGAUCUACCAGACUGGUUUCUGGACGCGUACCCGACCACUAUUCGCAAUGCGCUUGUCAAGCUCAUCGCCGGCGAUAUCGGUGCUGGGUGA